GGGGUGGGGCGCGGUGCGGGCGGGAACGCGCAUGCGCAGUCGGUGCUGCCUGGCGCCUGCGCAGCGGAUCCGGCCAUGCGGGUGCUGGUGGGUGGUGGGACUGGCUUUGUGGGCAGAGCCCUGACACAGCUGCUGCGGAGCCGUGGGCAUGAAGUGACCCAUGUCUCUCGACAAGGGGGCAAGGAUCGGAUCAGCUGGGAAGAGCUGUCCCACUCUGGACUGCCCCUGUGCGAUGCCGUGGUGAACUUGGCCGGUGAAAAUGUCCUCAACCCUUUCCGCAGAUGGAAUGAUGCCUUCUGCAGGGAAGUCAUCAGCAGCCGCGUUGAGACCACCAAGACCUUGGCCAAAGCCAUUGCUGAUGCUGAACGGCCACCCCAUGCUUGGGUCCUCGUCACCGGCGUAGGCUAUUACCGCCCUAGCCCCACAGCUGAGUAUACUGAGGACAGUCCUGGGGGGGAUUUCGACUUCUUCUCACGCCUGGUGAGCUCCUGGGAGGCGGCAGCUCUCGUCCCUGGGAGCCCAGCUCGUGGUGUUGUGGUGAGAUCUGGGGUGGUUCUGGGUCGAGAUGGUGGUGCAAUCUCUCAAAUGCUCUGGCCUUUCCGUCUGGGAUUGGGUGGCCCCUUAGGCUCUGGGCUCCAGCCCUUCCCAUGGAUCCACAUUCGGGACCUGGCUGGGAUCGUGUGUCAUGCCCUGGAGAGUGAGUGCCUGCAAGGUGUCCUCAACGGUGUCUCCCCAUCCUCCGCCACCACCUCCAACAGCACCUUUGCUCAGGAGCUCGCUGCAGCCCUGGGGCGCCCAGCCCUGCUGCCGAUGCCGGCUUGGGCCGUGCGGGCUGUCUUCGGGGCAGAGCGCGCCGUCAUGCUGUUGGAGGGCCAGAAAGUGGUACCAAAACGCACCUUGGAGAGUGGCUACCAUUUCAUCUUCCCUGAGCUGUCUGGAGCUCUGAAGGACAUUGUGGCUUGAAGACUCCUCAGUUGGACUGGGUUAGGUCCUGUUUUUGUGAGCUUGCUGGCUUACAUCCCUUCCCCUGUGAGAAAGAGGGUAGCCCUGCCUCUUCUUGACGGUUCCCCAUCCACAUACAGAACAUACAGAAAGGGUGAGCAAUCUUUUCACCAUCUGUCUCCCUUUGUGCGUCCUCAGUGUCACCCUUUACUGCAGGGCGACAAUAAACUGUGGUAGAUGGUCUCUGUUAGCCACCCACCCUCCCCACUAGGAAAGCUUAUAGGAGGAAAAGGGAGAGAGAUUUGCAAACUGGAAAAGUUAAAAAUGCUUUACUAAUGCUGCUAAUAAAUAGAGAAAAUAUACAAAAUAUACAAAACCAAUCCUGAAUUUCCUGGGGUGGCACAGCAUUGCAGGCAGGACUGGUGCCACUCCAGUGGCUGCAGGACAGGUACUCAGAAAUCCUGGGCUGGACUCCGCAGCAAACUGGAACUGGAUUCAGGGAUGCGGGAUCUGGAACCAGGCCUCGGAUCGCAGGCGUGACAGGCAGGGUCCUCUUCAGAUGCCAGCUGUGGUCGAAGAGAGCGAGAUCUUUGUGAUCUCCCACUUUUAUAGAGUGUAUGACAUGUGUGGGAUGGAAUAAUUAGUUGAUCAGUUUUAGUCAGCUAUUCUGUCCGCCCCUAUUUGUAAAUACGUCCCUCUCACGUAUGGGAUGUGCAAAAUUUAUCAGUAACCUUGGCUGCCACAGCAAUAAGUAUAAACCUGGGGCUCUUCUGCAUACUGUUGCUGCCAUUGUCAGCUCCAGAGCAAACGGUGUCUGAAAAACAUGCAACUGAAUUCAGACAAGUGCAGUUACUUAAAAGAACUUAGCUGAAAGGAAAACUCGCUAAAAGAGAACUGGUCUUGUUUUAAACAGAACCAGGACACUCAGUUUGGCAGUCAUCCCUCCUAUUGCCAUCUGCAAUCUCCACAUUACCUGCUUUUGGGGAAGGGCACAAGCUCCUCUAAGGAUUAAUUGUGACUGCUGAAUCUGCCAUCUUCCCUUUUCUACAGCGUGCAGAUGAGCUGCUUGCAGAGCAGCUGGGGAUGUAGUGUCUCCUCCCCUGAGAGACAGGGGUGGCAGCAGCAGGAAAGAGGUGUUCAGGUGUUGUCAUUCUCUUCCAUGUUACUGGAAGUCCCUCUUCCUGUUUUUACCCAUGCCUUUCCCUCAUGGUAACAUACACACCUAGUUAUACUCUUCUGCUUUGCCUUUCCUGGUCUCAUAGGAAAUGGAGUUGUGGUUGUGGGAGAAGAUUCAUCUUGAGGGUGUGCAAAAGGUGCUGGGUACAGAUGGCUUGGAGACUUUGCCAUCUCCUUUCUUGUGGCUCUGUGCUGGCACCAAGUUGCUGUGUCAGAAGCUCCAGCUGAGUCUAGGGCCAAGCAUCACACCCCUCCAGGAUUGCAUAAACCUGACGCUGUGGCAGGGAUGAAGGAGAAAACUGCUUUGCACACCUACAGGGACAGAGGUGGUGGGACUGUUAGCUGCUGGACUGCUCUUAAGGCCUUGGGUGUUGACCACAUCUGAGAUUGUGGUGGGGACAAACUGGGUGGUACAUCUUGGUGUGAGGCAGUGCAAGGCACUGCUUUAGUCUAAAGGGAGGAGUUACCUUCAUUGUAGUUAUCUAAUCCCAGACAGAGUGGUUUUCCCUUAUUCAUCCCAUGAGGUGGUACUUGUGUUCAGGUGGUUCCCACUGAUGAAGCAAUGAGAAUAUCCAGGCUUCCUGGACUGCCCUGGGAAGCAUUACCUCUUCUCUUGUGGAGAACAUUGCAAUUUUAUUAUCUCAUUCUGUAAGGAAAUGUAUCUACAUGCUUCCCAUGACUCAUUUUCACAUGUCAAAGUGGGUUGCAGAGUGUGAAAUGUACAGAGAAGUGAAGUUCUUUAUAGCAGAACAUUUAGAGAGAUAUUCCUAGUGCAAUGUAAUUUUGGGCUAGAAAAAUAUAUUAAAAACCACUUCAGACAAUUAAAAAGCCCUGCUCCAUUCCUGAAAUAAGAAACGAAACCAUCUAGAACACAUAUUUCUGGCUUAUGCCAGGUUAAUGUAGUCACAGUAGCAGAAGAGUCAGUCUUGGUGGAGUCUGGACUCCUCACUCAGCUGCCUGUUCAGUCCAGACUGGAGACACAAUGGCAACCUGCUGACUUUCCGGGCAGGAAAAUUAGGGUGAGAAUGUCCAGCUGAAGUUGUAGAUAAUCCUUGCAGUCAGUGCGAGCAUAGCUAGGUGAGCUGGGACUUUGGGAAUAGCUAUGAAAGAACAUCCCCUGAGAUACUCCCUGUGCUAAGUGUGGCUUGCUUGGAUUGCAUCUAUGCUGUCUGUAAGUUACAUGCAGGUUUCUUCCUCUUCCCAUGUGCCUCAGUUUCCUGGCCUUGAGAGCAAGCCAGCCUACUCUGAGAGAGCAUGAAAGAGAGAGACCUAUGAAAAGAUUUAAUAAGACAGGACAAACUGAUGGUCAAGUGUAGCACUCAGCCAGACCAGCACUGACUUACCCAGGUUUACUCCCAAGUAGCCUUUUUUUUAUACACCUUUUCUUCCUACCCUCCCCCUUUGUUGCUCCCAGCUCCCUCUCCCCUGCACAUUCCCUCAACAGUUUGCAUGGUCCCAUCAACUCCAUCCAAGAACCUGGACACUCAGGUUUGCAAUCCUUACCAAUUGCAAAGUCCUGGUUGCCUGUAGGUCCUUGAGAGCUUAGCAGUUAGUGUGACUGAUAAUGUUUGUUUCUAGUUGUUCUCUUUGUUUGUGCUAAUUGGUCAGGUUUUAUGACUCUCUGUGUUUGUCUCCCUCUCUUAUCUUGCCAAUUGUAAAAAUAAAUGUUCUCAGACUUGCUUCA